CCGGUCCUCGAAACGAGAAUAUAGUGGUCUCGUCCUGACUUGCGGGAUGAGGCGAGACCCGAGCGCCCGAUAAGUGGGCCGGGCUGGCGAGGCAGUUCGAAUCUCUGGUUCGAUUGAACCGGUUGGGAGCAGUCUCUCUCUCUCUCUCUCUCUCUCUCUCUCUCUCCGCUCCGGGGCAUCCGUGCCCUAAUUUCCUCGGCGAACGGCGGCUGUCUUCCUCUCCAUCGGCGAACGACGCCUGUCUUCCUCCGGCGAGCUUCUUGUCGCUGCGGCGACGGCGUAUAGCACUUCCUCGGGACACCAAAUUUGAUCUAGGAAACUUCGGCUCGUAACAAGCAAUGGCUCAGUCUGAUGACCCAUCUAACCAUGCCAUUAGAUUUUGUUGGGGCAAAAAAAGAGGAAUUGGUGGUGCUAAAAGAAAUAUUCAAUUCUAUGAGUCAUUCAUGAUUGACGAUGUCAACUACUCAUUGUUUGAUUGUGUAUACCUCCAUGAAACGGAUGCAUUGGAGCCUUAUAUUGGAAAGAUAGUGAAGAUAUGGGAGCAACCAGAUCGCAAAAAGAAAUUAAAAAUUCUAUGGUUUUUUCGCCCAAAUGAACUCCAAAACUAUUUGGGAGAUCAUACUCCGUUGGAGAAGGAGAUUUUUUUAGCUACGGGAGAAGGUGUUGGUCUUUUCAACAUCAAUCCAUUGGAAGCUAUAGCUGGCAAAUGUUCUGUGAUCUGCACAUCAAAAGAUGAGAGAAAUCGACAACCAUCAAACAGAGAAUUGGAGAUGGCUGACUAUAUCUUCUACCGCACAUUUGAUGUCCAAACCUAUACAAUAUCUGAGAAGAUUAAUGAUAAAAUAGCUGGUGUUGAAGCAAAGUAUCUUUUAAAUCGAAAAGAUAUUCAGCCAAGUUCUGUUUUCAUGUUUGAGGAAAAAGGUGGCAGUGGAAAAGCAGAAAAUAUUUCCAUUUCCUCUCUCAUGUCCAGGUUAGAUGACAAGAUCGAGUCCGCUGCAACUUCAACAAAAAGGGAUGAUGUCAUUGCAGGCGAACUUUUAGAAGGACAAUGUCCUUUAGGUGAAGAUAAGGAAGAUGUUCUAGUUUCAGCAAAUCAUGUUGAAGAUAAUCUUAACUAUGGUAAAAGCAAAUCUAAUGUGGGCCUAAAUGACAAUAAACCUUCCGAGAAGAUGAGAUUAAUUGAUACCACUAUAGAAGCUCCAAAUGGUACUAGUUUAAGGAAAGAAAACUUUGAAUCUAAUGAUAGUGGUUCCCAAAAGAAAUCUACUAAUGCUUUUAUAGAAGCAUCAAGUGAUUCUAGUCCAGUGAAGCGAAAAUUUGAGCUCGACAGGGUUGGUUCUUCGAAAGAGAUUGUUCAUGUGGGCAAAGAAUCUUCUGAGAAGAAUGAUGCUCUGGAUGGUAUAAGAUUUUCCAAGAACAUGAAACCUACUGAUGCUCCUGAAUUCUUGAAUGAUGCUAGCUCAAGAAAGCAAAACGUUGAGUCAAAUGGACCUAGUUAUUUUAGGGAGACUAUUCAUUUGACCAAUAGUGCUCAUGAGAAAAGGAGUCUUAUUGAGAAGAAAACAAAACCUUUGGAUGAAUCAUCGCAAGAGACAUCUUCAAUAUCCAUUGGAAAUAAGGAAAAAACUAAUUAUGGAGUUCUGGAAGUGACUAAAAGACCAGACGCGGAUAGAAGCAAAUGGUUCAAGGGACUUCCUUGGGAGGAAAGAAUGCAAAAAGCUGAUGAGCAAGGAACUCUUGUCUUUAUUGAGAAUUUGGACCCAUUGUUUACAUCAUCAGAAGUAGAGGAUAUUAUUUACCACACAUUGAAGCAAAGUUGCACCGCAAGGGUUAUACAACAAACUUUGUUUCAAAAUCCCAAUUAUGGUCAAGCUUAUGUUAUAUUUAAAACAAGAGAUGCAGCAGACUCUGCAGUUUCGAAGAUUAAUAAAGGGUGCAUUCAGCUACCUAAUGGAAGUCCCCUUAUCUGCAGCAAAGGAAUGUUGAAGGUGCCUAAAUCAUCUAUGUUUGGUCAUUUGUCAGUUGAUAAAAAUAAGCUUCAAAUGCGAGAGAUGAGAAGGGCCGUGUCAACAUCACAUUGUUCUCAACCUAACACAAUUGAGUACGAGAUGGCUAUGGAUUGGCUUGUCAUACAAGAAAGAUCAGUUAGGUGCUUAAAUGCGUUGCACAAGGGGCAAGCUGAUGAGUUGAAGGCAAUCAAGAAGCGAUUGAGAACAAAGUGAAGCAGCUAUUGGAUCUUUGAUCAUCCUCAUCAUCUAUGCUGAUUUACCUUUCAGCCAGGGAAGCAAAGGCUUUGGCAAUUGAUGUUUGACACUCGAGACUUUUUUAUUCAGGAGUAGAGCCUGACACAAUUUUGCCGAGUCAUUGCUUUCUCAUCAACUCGUUGGAGGAUGGGCUUGGCAAGAUUCUUAACCUGAGAUUAACAUCCUGUAUAUUGCCGUGUAGUAUACAGCCUUUUAAUUUUCCCAUGUAUAUUUAAAUGUUUUCCAACUCUGUCCAUAAUUGCUAACAGUUGGCAUCGUUAUCAGAUUGCAUAAGCUAACAACGGUGGAACCAUUCAUGAAA